CACCGGCGGGGGCACCGGCGGGGGCAGAGCGGCACCGGCUCUGCUGCGGCUUCGCGCACCCACCGCUCCCUUCCAGCCUCUCCCCGCCCCGGGGCGGGGGUCCCAGGCCGGACGGGCCACGCUUCCAGCCGCGAGGGCAUAGCGGGGCAUCGCGGGACGAAGCACUCGCCAUGAGCGACAGCCCGAUCCCACUGCCACCGGCUCCGGCCACCAAGCCCAAGCGGGCCCGCUCAGCGCGGCGGCCGGCGGCCCACCCUGCGUACUCGGACAUGAUCAAGGCGGCCAUCCGGGCCGACAAGAGCCGCGGUGGUGCGUCCCGGCAGUCCAUCCAGAAGUACGUGAAGAGCAACUACAAGGUGGGCCAGAACGCCGACGUCCAGAUCAGGCUGGCCAUUCGGCGCCUGCUGGCCACCGGAGUCCUCAAGCAGACCAAAGGAGUUGGUGCCUCCGGCUCUUUCCGCCUAGCCAAGCGGAAGAGGUCUCCGUCCAGGAAGAGGUCUCCAUCCAGGAAGAGGUCUCCGUCCAGGAAGAGGUCUCCUUCCAGGAAGAGGUCUCCUUCCAGGAAGAGGAAGAAGACAGCCAGGAGAUCCACUUCUCCCCGGAAGCCGGCUAGGUCCCGGAAAGCCAGGUCCCCGGCCAAGAAGCCCAAGUCUGCCGCCAGGAAGGCCAGGAAGAAGUCAAGGAGCCCGAAGAAAGCCAAGAAGCCAAAGACUGUUAAGGCCAAAUCCCUGAAGGCGUCCAAACCCAAGAAGGCAAGGAGGUCGAAAUCCAGAGCCAAGUCCGGUGCCCGCAAGUCGCCCAAGAAGAAGUGAGAAGUCUAGAGGCGUUUCGGUACUCUCCCCAUUGGUUCUGUAAAUAGCUGUUGCCUUUGUUCUUACUCCUUUCUCCUUCAUUUUAUAAAGAAUUGCUCUAUUCAUGAAUUGAAAUAGCUGAAACAAGGCAGUUGAUGAAUGAAAAAAAACAAUUUUAAAGUGUUA